AUGCUAUCCCUCCCUACCGAAAUCCACACCUCCAUCCUCCAAACCGCCACCUUCCCCGACCUCUGCUCCCUCCGCCAAACCUGCAAAGCCCUGCAUCGCCUCCUCUCCCACGGCGACAUCCUGCGCCACUGGCUCCACGCGCACCUCGCCCCUCACCAACUCGCCCUCUUCCCCCUCCCCUCCACCCCGACCUUCACCUACGCCGUCGAACAGCAGCGCCGCCACGACGCGGCAACGGAAACGGCAGCGCUGCUGAGCGAAUUCAUCGAGCGCGAGGUCCUGCGCGUCACGCUCAAGCGGCUGGAUGUGUAUCCGCAGCAUUCGCGCGCCGAGCUCUCGGUGCUGGUGAAGGCGCAAUUGAAGGAGAAGCUCGUGCCGUUGUUGUUGACGGUGCAGCAUUACCUGGAGAAAUUCGCCGAGGCGGUGCUGCGGUGUGUUGGAAACGAACAGGGGUCGGAGAACUUUGACACGUUGUAUGACGAGUUGCGCGCGGCAGAGAGUCGCAUUCUUGACUCCUAUUCUCCUGAGCAGCUGCUGCAGACGCACAAAUUCUGGUUGUUCUUCUGCUGGCUGCAUAACUACAUCCUCGAUCGGCCGGAUUAUGAGUGCACUCGAGGCCGGCCGCUGGCGUACGGAGUAGGAGAGUCAGAUCGCCGAUAUCAGUUCCGGCUGAUGCUGGUACUGGGGAACUUGAGUGCGCUGAGAACUCUGCUGAAAGCCGAGACGGACGUGGAGCGCUUCGAAUUGAUCACGUCUUGGACCCGGCGGUUGGACCCCGAGUUGAACAGCCUUUGGAGACGGCAAUGGGAGGCUGUAGUGUUCGGAUGUCGCCAGCCGCUUGCGGCGCGGCAGGCUAAGGCGGCACUGCGUUUGACGCUCUCGGUGGGCGAGGUGUGGGUUGAUGGGGCCACGGCGGCGUUGGUGAGCAGAGGCUUACUCCGCGUCGACAAGAACAGAGAUGUGGGCUCUCCGUGGCAGGCGUUGGACUUUCUGUUCGAUGUGGCGGGGUACGAUGUGCUACAGACGCCUCCGUCGCUGAUGCAGGAGCUGCGAUGGCACCGAUAG